CCCGGGCGUCUUGCGGGUUCUACUCUCUUCACUUCAGCCGCAUCACUCCUCUGGCAGACGAACUCUCUGCGCAGCCAGCUUCCGCAGUUGUAGUCUGUUUUUUUUUUUGUCCCCCAAAUGGAUCUGUUAGUGUCUUCGGUCUUAUUUUUCCUUCAUGCAGUCACUGUGGAUUGCAGCCCCGGAUCUUCUCUGGACGUUGUUGUCGACCGGUACGACAUACCGAGAGUGUGUCCUCGAGAAGUGUCAACAGGAGACUUUGUCCGUUAUCACUUUAAUGGCACCUUCUUUGAUGACGGGAAAAAGUUUGACUCAAGUCAUGACCGAGGAAAAGCCUUCAUCAGCCAGGUGGGUCUGGGCAGACUCAUCACAGGGAUGGACCGAGGUCUUCAGGGCAUGUGUGUCAAUGAACAUAGGCGGAUCACCAUCCCCCCACACCUGGCCUAUGGAAGCAUCGGAACAGGUGGUGUAAUCCCUCCUGAUGCCGUGUUGGUGUAUGAUGUACUGUUGCUGGACAUUUGGAAUGAAGAGGACAAGGUCCAGAUCCGCAAGCUCAACAAACCUGCAAGCUGCGAGCGCUCCUCUGUGGCAUCAGAUUUCGUGCGUUACCACUACAACGGCACGUUGCUGUCGGGUGAAGCCUUUGACUCCAGUUACUCGAGGAAUGCGACCUAUGACACCUACCUGGGACAGGGUGACCUCAUCAAAGGCAUGGACGAGGGUCUGUUAGGCAUGUGUGUCGGGGAGAGGAGGGUCAUCAUCGUCCCACCCUUUCUGGCAUACGGAGAGAAUGGCUAUGGAACUCAGGUCCCUCCUCAGGCCACGCUGGUGUUUGAGGUGCUGAUGGUCGAUAUGUUCAACCCUAAGGAUGAUCUGAUCGUGGAGAUGAAGAAGGUGCCUAAAGGCUGCAACCGCAGGACUGUGACUGGAGAUUAUAUCCGCUACCACUACAAUGGCACCUUCCAGGACGGCACCGCCUUUGACUCGAGCUACCAGCGAAACAGCACCUAUAACACGUACGUUGGGAUGGGAUAUGUGAUCAAGGGGAUGGACAAAGCUCUGCAGGGGCUGUGCAUAGGAGAGAGGAGGAGGAUUACUAUACCGCCUCACAUGGCCUACGGGGAAGAAGGAGUUGGAGACCUCAUUCCUGGCUCUGCUGUGCUUGUCUUUGACAUCCACGUCAUUGACUUCCACAACCCCAAAGACCCUGUCAAGAUCACAGUUACCCAUAAGCCUCAGGAAUGUAGUGCGACCAGUGAAGCUGACGAUUUGAUCCAGUACCACUAUAACUGCUCCUUGAUGGACGACACCCUGCUGUACUCCUCGGACCCGAACUCACCCUCCACCACGACUUUGGGAGCAAAUAUGGUGAUCUCAGGUCUGGAGGAAGGUUUGAGUGGGAUGUGUGUAGGCGAGAGGAGGAGAGUGGUAGUUCCACCGCACUGGGGUCAUGGUGAAAGUGGAGCUGGAGGAGUCCCCAGGAGUGCUGUGCUUUUCUUUGAGCUGGAGCUGGUGGAGCUGCAGAAGGGGGUGCCUGAGGGCUUCAUGUUUGUGUGGCUGGGUGACGGCCCUGAUCCCCUCUUUCCUGCCAUGGACCUCAACGGUGAUAAAGAGGUCCCUCUAGAGGAGUUUUCAGCCUUCAUCAUGCUCCAAGUUCAGGAAGGCAAGGGUCGUCUUCGGCCCGGGUUCAAUAACGAUAGCAUCAUUGAGGACAUGUUCAAUAACCAGGACUCAAAUAAAGAUGGGAAGAUUGUAGAAGCAGAGCUGGGACGUCAAGAGAAGGAACCUGAGCAAGUGAGACGAGACGAGCUGUAAAGGACAAACUCACUAAGUCAGUGGAGGUGAGAACAAGGAGUGUGUGGCUGUGGUUUUACUGUGGUGUUUGAUAUCAAAAUGAGUUGUCUGUUAAAAUAAAGACUUUGAAUGGAGCUGAAUAACACUGACAGCACAAGGAAACAUGUUUGGACAGUCAGUGUGUUGUGAACAGGAAACAGGUGUUAGAACAAAAUGUGACAGGAGGGUCACGGCGAAAUGUGCUCUGUUGGAAAAAGCAUUUCUGACUCAAACAUGGACAUUAAACUACCUUCAGAAA